AUGGCAUCCAAUAUGCCUGAUGAAAUUUAUUAUGCAAGUGAACAAAUUUCAAUUCCAUUGGAAUUACCCGAUGUUUUACUUCAAUUUUGUAAGAACAAAUUUUUCAAGAAAACCAAUAUCUACAAUAAAGGAAAAUACGAAUGGAAAUUCUCUGGACAAACAAAUGGUUCACGAAUCAGAAUGUAUCUCAAUCGGCUACAAUUAAAACGUGCUGCAUCAUUCGUAAAAUUAUUUGUUACGAUUGCUAAUGGUUCAUAUUUAAUACCAAGUAUUUUUAAUCGAAGUAAACGAAUGUUUGUUUUAAAGAGAAAUUCUUCAACAUAA